GCCAGAGCCAGAAAUAUCUCCUCUCCGCCCCUGCGCUUUUGCGCCCUUUCCUUCUCAUACUCUUCCUCUUCUUCUCCCCACAACCGCACCAGCACGGCGGCGCCCCGUCCGUCCCCGAUGGCCGCCGCCGCGGGCGAGGGGGAGGCGGAGCGGGUGGCGGCGCUGCUGCGGGAGAUAACGGGGGAGGGCGGGUUCGCGUUCGUCGCCUCGGCGGAGAAGGCGGCGGCGGGGGCCGGGGACCUGCGCGCGGCGGAGGCCGCGCGGGAGAUGGCGUGGGAGCAGCUCCACUCGGGCCCCUGGAGCGAGGUGGGCGCCGCCUGGCGGGACGCCUACGCGCUCGCCUGCCUCCACGUCGCGCGGCUCCGCGCGGGCGGCGACCGGACCGCCGCGCUCAAGACGCUCGACAUGGGGCUCAUCAUGGGGGGCAACCUGCUCCGCGCCGACCUCGAGGCCGCCCUGGCGCGCAUCUCCGCCGAGCCCUGCGGCGGCCGCGGCGAGGAGGCCGCGGCGGCUGUCGAUGAGGAGGACCGGAGGUGGAGGGAGGGGCUCGACCGGAACAGAGACAUCGCUGAUGCACUCAAAAUUCUUCCUGCAAAGGCUUUAUCCUGUAAGAAAGUCGAGAGGCUAUCACACAUUUCCUUGGAGGAAUUUAUAUGUAAUUACUUUUUACGUGAGUCCCCUGUCAUAAUCAGUGGUGCCAUCGAUCAUUGGCCUGCAAGGACAAAAUGGAAGGACAUAAAAUACCUCAAGAAGAUUGCUGGAGAUCGGACUGUUCCUGUCGAAGUUGGAAAAAACUAUGUGUGUAGUGAGUGGAAGCAGGAGCUUGUCACAUUUUCUCAGUUCCUUGAGAGGAUGUGGUCAAGUGAUUGUCCAUCAAACUUGACAUAUCUAGCUCAGCAUCCAUUGUUUGAGCAGAUAAAAGAGCUCAGUGAAGACAUAAUAGUUCCCGACUACUGUUAUGCUGGUGGAGGUGAACUACAAUCACUCAAUGCUUGGUUUGGCCCACACGGAACAGUGACACCAUUACACCAUGACCCACAUCACAACAUCUUAGCACAGGUCUUGGGCAGGAAGUAUAUUAGACUCUAUCCUGCUUCCAUAUCUGAGGAGUUGUAUCCACACACAGAAACUAUGCUAAGCAAUACCAGUCAGGUAGAUCUUGACAACAUCAAUUUGAAGGAGUUCCCUAGGGCCGAAAACCUGGAAUUCAUGGAUUGCAUACUGGAGGACGGUGAGCUGCUUUACAUCCCACCAAAAUGGUGGCAUUACGUCAGAUCUCUCUCCACAAGUUUCUCCGUUAGCUUUUGGUGGCGUACAACAGUUCAACCUUCAGGCGGUUCAUAGCAUCACCCCCCCCCCCCCCCCCCUCCUCUCGCCGGAAUCAGAUUGCAGAAGACUAAAGAAACCCGACAUGACCCUUCGUUUUAGGUGACAUCCUCUUUUAAUGGAUGUAGGCACACGUCACAUAUGUGGCGGUGUUAGUUUUACCUGUGAUUCAGAUACUGAAACUGCUCAUAUGCUUCUUGUAACAAUGCAACGACGAUCGAUCAUCGCGCUACCAUCUGAUUCAUGAGAGUUGAGGUUCAAGGGGUGCAGUAGUCCCCACUCCCCAGUG